AUGACACCGCCGCACUUUUAUCCCGCCGCCUUCUCAUCCAUCGUCCACGACAACCUCUUUGUCCCUCCCUCCCGUCUCGACGCAACAACUCCCCCGACCAAGCCCACCCCGGUCUGCCGCACAUCUUCAGCCCAUCUGCCGACAUUCCCCGCCCUAGCUCCGACCAGGAUUCCUCCCCCGCAACCUUCUUAG